AAUAAGAAGGGAGAGUCUGUGUCUGUGGUGAGUGGUGAGUGGUGGUGGUGACUCAGUGAGUAGGGUGAAGGUGCAGGGUGACUCGGUGAAUCUGAAAGUGAAGGAAAAGAAAGAGAGAGCAAAAUGCCGUUUCAUAUAUGCUCUAUAAAGAGACGUCAAGAGAAGUAUAGUAUCUUGAUGAAUAAUUUGAACCAACCAUUUCAGCAUGUUUGGUUACAGAGGAGUGAGGAUAAUCAGCGCUUUCUUCAUCCUCUGGAGAGUCUCUCUGUUUUGCAGUUUGUGGAUAAAGAUAUAGGGGAUGUUAAACCUGUAAAACCCACUUCACUGGAGGAAACACCAGUCAAGCUCGUGGAAGAAGUUAAAGAUUUGAAGGAGUUAGCUGCUAAAUUGUGGAGUGUAAAUGAGUUUGCGGCCUCAACGGUCUUGAAAUUGGAGAGAAAUAGUUUGGAGUAUCUUCUAUGGCACUUUUGUGGAGUUACUGCCAACAAAGAGUUGAUCAGUCAACUCAUUGCAGAUAUCAGAAUGCAGAUUGGAGAUUACGCCCCCACCCUGGCAAGAUGCUCAGAUACUCCACUUGAUAUGCCAGAGAAGAUACACGCUAUUCGUUGUAUAUAUAUGAUAUGA